UGUUACUAUAUUGAUUGUGAUUUUAAUUAUUUGUACCAUAUUUAGAUCUUUGUAUAUUUAGAUAUUUGUAAACUUGAAGCAUCUUUUGCAUAAGUUUUCGCGCUAUACUUUGCAGGAAGCGAGCUUUUUUAUUUUUGCUGUCGCCACACUGUGACACACACACAGAGUGUAAAGUUCCUUUUUCUGCUUAUGAUCUAACGACUGGAAAUAGUUUUAGCACCUAAAGCUUGCCUCUUUACUCGACAGUGACGCAAAUCUAAUAUGUUUUUAGGAAUCAAUUAAUUUAUAUCUGAAUUCAGGGCUUAUGGAUAUAUCUAAGAUCUUGCUCAAUACCCAGUUUGGAAAGCAUGUAUAAUUUUGGCCAUAUGUAGCCAGGACUGCAAAGUUUGGGUAUGCGCGGUGACCGCGCAAUAACUUUUUGCUCAAAUCCGUUCGCGCAUUUUUGCAAAUUAAUUUGAGUAAUCCGAGCAGUUGGAACAUGGACUUUCGUGUGAUUUUCGCGCAUAGCCUAAUCUCGAGCCCUAAAAGUGCAAUUUUAAAAUGGAAUCCUGCAGCUUUUAACCUGUCAUUUUGCAACAUGAUUUGUUCCCACGCAAGCGUAAGCGACAAAAAAUAAUUCCCCGCGCACAAAAAAUACUUUGCACUCUGGUAUGUAGCUUUGAACAACAGCACAUUAUCAGCUGCAACCUGCAAGUGAAAGAGAUAUUACUAAGUUCUCCAGCCUGGUCCAGUUUUAGGAAAUGCCUUCUUUCUCUGCAAAUAUAUCUAUUGUUUAAACUGAUACUGUCAUCUUUGGACUGGGCCAUGUCAUUUUAUAGUACGUGGCAUGACAAAAAGGAACACUAGGCAAAUUCAAUCAAAAGAGUCACAAUUGUGUGAGGAUGGCUCAGUUGUUAGAGGUGCUUUCUACAUGACCAAGUCCCUGGCAUGACCAAACUUUCACCCAGAGUGAGGAGAGCUCUCUGUAAUUCCAGGCAUAGGAAUCACGAGGUGUGGUCACAUCAAAAGAAAGGACCAGGACACUGCUCCAUAAGCAUAAGCUUCUCAGUGUCCCAAAAACUAGCUUCAGAUGCUAGGUAGAAACAAAUGCAAAUUUAUGUGUGAUGAGAGUAGCUUGUGUACCUGGCCAACAGUCAAUCCUUAUAGGGAACAUAUUUUUGCUGGAUAUCAUAUUGGUAAAGCCAGUCUGCAGAGUAUUACAGUAGCAUGUGCAAGGCCAGGACAGUGCUGCAAACCAAAUUUCCCAUAGCACAGAUGAAUAGUAGAGAGAUGGUUGCAUGUGGAAAACGUGGCAUGAAAGAGUAUUGCACGCACAAGAUCUAAUUGAUAAAUUCCAUUUACUUUGCAGACUGGGGGUAGGAGUGCACCUACCGAUUCCAGGUGGCCUGUGAUUUGUUGAUACUGUCAAAAUUCCUAUGAAAAUUGAAUUGUUAGGUCUCUUUUUCUCUGACAUCCCAAUUAUCUUGACUGGACCCAUGGAAUAGCUGACAAGUUUGUAACUGCUUCUUGGGGUGGUUAGCUUCCUUAUUGCACUGUUUGUUUCAUAGUUUUUUGUUCCUUAAGAUUUUCUUUCAUAUAAAAUUACACUAAAUUUUAAAACAAUUUCUUAUCUGUACCAGACUCUCUCACUGAUAAAUUCUUAAAAAAUCAGUUGUUUUGGUCUGACAUCCAUCUUUUAAGUUACAACUUUGAUGUAAAGAUGAAUAUACAAUAAUUUUCAAAUAGUUUUGCCUCAGUGAAAGAGUCAACUUAUUCCUUUAACUAGGGACCUGUAACUGCUUGCACAGAAUAUUCUUAAAGAAAAAAAUUCUGAACUGAUAAUCUUUUGAAUUGAGAUAAAAUAUGAAAUGAGGUACUUUUUCAAAGCUAAAAUGGAUGGAAAGGUGUCAACAAACUCUGUACAACUCAACGUGUAAUGACACUAAAAAGUAUUUUAAAUAUUAUCAGGAAAACGCACAACACACAACUGCCUUUGAUGUGGGCAUAACAGUCAGACUUUUUGAGGAGCAAAAAAUUUUGAAUGAAAUUCCUGCAUUGACUGUAUAAUGUAAAGAAAUGGAAAUGAUUAGAAUUCAAAUAUUGCUGCAGCAAAAGUUUCUAAAAUUCAGCAUCCCAUUUAUGGUACAAAGUGAUGUGUAAGUUUCAAAGUUGCAGCCUUCUCUAAAGGAAAUUAUGGAAAAAGCAGGGGGUGCUGGUUAUGAUGGUAAAAUAAGUGAUUUUACUGACGAUCUCCCGGACUUUGUACAAAAAGAGAAGAGACAACCUGAUAAAGGGAGGACAGAAGAUGUUGUGGAUACUGAAGACAAUUUAGAAGUUGUUGGAGGUGAAAAGAUUGGGACGGAUGACUCUACAUUGGUCCGUAAGCAGAACUUUAAGAGAGGAGGAGAUAUAAGAGCAAGUCUAGUUGGAAUGAAAGAAGGUGUCCCAGGGUUUUAUAGUGGCUAUGAGAGAACAACAAGGAAGUACAGUAAAUUGUCGAAUAAAGAAAGCGAUUCGGCCUCCGAAGACAGUCCAAUGCCCGUAAGACCUCCGAGGAAAGCAAGGUCUAAGAGUGAUUCCCUUGGAAAUGGCGAUGGCUACGACAGACUAUGGACGCCAAGGGAUAAGAGCAAAGAUGAAUCGAGCGAGCACGUGUAUUCACAGCUUGGGUCUCCACAAGCCCCAUUGUAUGAUGACGUCCAAGAAGAGAAUGAUGACGUCACAGGUACAAGGGAAAUAGUAUUGAACAGCAGUCCAGUUAAAGAUAUUGAUUGGGUGGAAGAUGGAAGGAGGUUUGGAUCUGCUCAAGAAAAUGGAAGGAGCCGCCCAAUGAGUGCCGUUGUGUUGCCUAUUUCUCCUGUUGGUGAUAAUGGCGAAUCGGAUUUAGAAGAAGACGAUGAAUGGGGGUCGGAUUUUGGCAGCGUUUCUACUGUGUACGAUGAGGUUGAAAGCGACAACGAGCUUUAUGAAGUUGUGGGCGACCUAUCAAAGAAAGUUAAUUCAAAUAGGAACUCGGUGUAUGAAGCACUUACUGCUGUUAGAGCCAAAACUGCCCAAGCAUUACGGACGCCACCAAGCUUUGCUAAAAAGCAUGUUCCACCAGCUCCAUCUAAACCUCUUCCUCCGGUCCCAGACGAAUCCGGAUCUUUCAAUGUGACAGAUGAAGAAGCCGUACCUUACGUGGAUAUCAUUUUUGAUGGAGAUGAUGUACCCAAACCUUCUUUGCCUCCUUUGGAUGAGUUUGCAAGCGAGGACGAUAUAAAGAGAUAUCAGAUCAUCAAGUACAUCUUGGAAAACGAGAAAAUGUAUCUUUCAACUGUGAAUAAUCUUAUUCAGGAUUAUGAAAAGCCGUUGUUAUUAAACAAAGUCAUCACUCCAGACAGCAUAAAAGUUAUUUUCAUGCAUCUUCAAGAAAUUGCGCAAUGUCAUCAGUUAUUCAAUAUUGCAUUGGCGGGCAGAAUGGCAGAGUGGAGUCAAAAUCCUACGAUCGGAGACAUAAUAUACGCGUCGUUUUCAAAGUCAAUGGUGCUGAAGGCUUACACAAGCUACGUCGAUAAUUUUACUUCUGCCAUGGAUCGAGUCAAGGAAACAUGCAAGAUGGUGCCUGCCUUUUUGUCUUUUUUAAGGGCUCGGUUGAAGCGAUCAUUGUAUAAGUACACGUUCUAUGAUCUUCUCAAAAGGCCUCUCGGAAGAUUCCCCCAACUUGUAGUCCUUCUCCAGGAACUACUGAAAGUUACACCAGUCAGUCAUCCAGAUCGUUUGCCACUUCAAAUGGCACUGACACACCUUGAAUGUUUAUCUGAGUUGAUAUGUGACAAAAGAAGAGACAUGGAAAUGAAAUACAAAGUUUCUCAGCUCGAUAAGUAUUUUAUAGGGCUCAACAAGUCACUGUUUUCAGAACGGAGGUACUACAUACGACAUGAUGAUAUGAUCCUAUGCAAAGUUGCUGGUGGACAGGUUGUCCGUACUAAGCACCAAAGACUGUUUCUACUUUCUGAUCUUCUUAUUUGUGCAAGCAUUAUCAACAAGACAAAUGCAGCAAACCUCAUAGGGAAGAAACGAUACCGGCUGAAGUGGUGCGUCCCCGUAGCUGAAGUGGAUAUUCUUGAUGUUGGUUCUGGAAUUCUUGUUAACAUGGACAGUAAAAACACAACAACGAUCAAAUACACGCAUCCUGUUUCCAGCCCAAGACCUGGUGCAAUCAACGUUGAACAGCAUCUGGAGGACCUCCAACACGACCUGACAAUCAUUGGUCAAAUCGCUGGCCUCGUCGCUUCACUUCGUAAGAGAUACGACAUAAUUAAUGAACCAAAAGUGAGUGAAUGGUAUCGUGAUGUCAAAGAAACAUUCGACCAGGAACUCGACCUUGCCAAUAUGCACUGGCUGGAACUUUCAAUUCCAGCGAAAGACAAAAAGACAACGACUUGUCUGUUCAACCUGCAUCCUCCGCAGAGGAAAAUCGAGUGGACGACGGAGCUUGAAAAUGCAAAGCUGCGACUGGCAUUCGAAAACAAUCCUGGAUGGUACAUACUUGAAGAUGAAAGUGCUAAUAUCGGAAACAUGGGGAUCCUGCGGAGGAAUCUGCCUCUUUUGGCAAACAAAGUGCCUCUUUUUAUGGUUGAAUCAAAGUACUCAAUCGAGAAAAUUCUAGAAAUAACCCCUAAUGGCUCGACAAAGCCAGUUCUAUGGAUUUUCAGUGGGACUGACCACGCUGGGCAAAUAACAUUGAUGGAGAUGUGUAUGUCAUCGGUGCCUCAUGUCAUCGAGAGCUUUAAUGCUUGCGAGGCUCGAAUACUUGCAGCUGAGGCUGUUAAAGAUAAGCCGGGAAGAUUUGGCGAUCCAACGGCGCAAAAAACGCUGGUCUGGUGUGGCACGAUGUCAGGAAGGAUACAAAUUUUCAAUGCAAGUUCAGAAGACCACGAGGAAGUUGCGACCACAAAACUCAGGGAUGCUAUUCUCUGCUUUAAACAUUUUGAUGACAAAAUGUUUUGUGGAGUUGCAAAUGGAACAAUAGCAUGCUUCCGAAGAAAAGCAGAUUCAUCAUGGGAUAUUGACAACCCAGUAAUUGUUUGCUUGAGUAAUUUUGCCGUUAUGGACAUAGCGGAAGCACGGAGACAAUUGUGGUGUGCUUCAGGCAACUGCAUUCAUGUCCUUGAUUCCGAAACACUUGGUGUUCAGCACAAAAUACAUGUAGGAGAAAACAGUAAAAUUCCUGUGAAGCAUUUGGUAAGCUACGGAUCUGGAGUUUGGGCUUCACAGCGGAAGAGCCCAACUUUGCAUUUAUACCAUAAUGAAAACUAUGAAUGUAUUCAAAGUCUUAGUGUGACAACCCCUCUACAGAGAAUGCGAAAUGAUAUUGAUUGCCAAAUUCAAAAUCUGAAUAUUGACAAGGCCUACAUCACAACGCUGAUGGCACGAGGUGGAUUGCUCUGGGUUGGCACUGAUAUCGGCGUCGUUGUUACUUAUCCCUUGCCUCGUCUUGGUGGUGUUCCUCAAGUAUCAGGCAAGCCAUGCGUCUCGUUUCACGGCCACGAAAACGCUGUUCGCUGUUUGCACGCGUUUAGGGUUGAGAGAGCUUUCAAACCAAGGGCUGCUGCAAAAGGGCAAAGCGAUGAUGCUAUUGCACGUUCUUUGUUCUAUUUUGAUCCAUUUGAUGAAGCAGCUACAGGCCUUAACCUGCCUUACCUGGAACAUGGAGCUGCAAAUCGAAAUGAAACGCCGUCCGAUGCUGGCAACGAGCCAUAUUACUUCGCGUUAGAGCAAGAAAAUAACCAAACCAAAGGCACUAGACAAAAAACGGCCUAUGAACAAUGGUUGAGCUCAUUUGGAGAUAAGGUGAAAAACAUUGAUCCGCAGUUUUCGGCAGAUACGCUGGAAAUGCAGGAUUGUCAAGGAAGUUAUAAUAGUGACGAGUCAAUGGAUUCUGAUACAGAAUUCUCUUUCAUCGAAGACAAGCUUAAAGCGGUUCCACCCAGAAUGAAGAAAAAUGGACCAGGAUUUUCAGUUGAGAUCAGACAGCCAAAUGGAUCAAACAAAGCCCCACAAGGGACAGUCAAAUUGGUUAAUGCUCCAGGUGCCAUGCCUUCAAUUGCUGAGACCAAUUUCGCUGAGAUGUUAGGAAAUUUUGCAGGUUUCGAUUUGCAAGAAGAGACUUCGGAGAAAACAGCUGAAAAAUCUUCUGAGAGGUCUCUGAGUAGUUCUGGGUUUGUAAUGGUGGAGAAAACUAAUUCUGGCUAUGAAGAGCCGAUUCCAGCAGCUAAAGGGGUUACUGCUCCUUAUGCAACUGUGAAGAAGAAAGGGAACGCUAAAGAUUCGUCUACAGAAGCCCAGGGAGGUGAAAUAAAAGACAGUACCCAGGAAGACAGUAUGACAGGUGUUAAAGAACCCCCUGAAGAUAUCGUUAGAAAAUAUGAAAAUGAGCCUCUUCCUGAACUGCCUGCAAAAACUUUGUAUGAAAGGUCAAAGGAAUGGGACAAAAGCCUUGGUAAAGAAUAUGAAAACCUCAAGGCCACGGUACCAGAUGUCAGCAUCAAUGAUGACAAAGUAAGAACAGAUAAUAAAGGAUGUGCUGAUGAAGAAAAGAAUGGCACUGAACAAAAGGGGCAAGGCAUUGAGGAACAGAAUAAGAAUGUUUUUGAAUCAGGCGAGGAUCAAUCUGGUGAAGCUAUUCCCAUGAAAGAAGAACAGCUGCCUGCGGAAUCAGCCCUGAUGGAAGUACGAGCAGCUGAUAUACCCCUCCCUGAUCUUCCAGAUGAAGAAGAGCCUGAGCUUGAUUUCGAACGUCAGGAAGAGGAGGACAUUCAGGCGGUCGCAAGAGACGUUAAAAGCCCAAUAUUUAUCAAAAUUACAGACGUAAAGACUAAUAUGAGUAUUGAAGGUAGAGUUAAUGUUGAUGUAGGCACAGUGCAAAGCAAGGACACGAGGUUAACUUCGUUUUCAGAGAUAGAGACAGAAGAACACAAAGGGCCAACCAAAUCAAGAAGCCAAAGUGAUGUUUUCCCAAAGGCUGCCUCCGAAGCCAAAGAAGAACCUUGGACUUCCCAAACAGCAAGAAGAAAUCAAAUGCCCUUUUUGCAAGGCAAUUUUAGCACUCCAAGCUCCAAAACACUGCCUACAGCUACCAAGUCUACUGCCAGCCCACAACCUCAAAAUCUCAAUCUAUCUAAUGUUAAUGAAAAAGUGGAACCUGAGUCAGUUUAUACACCUUUGCUUGGUCAAAAUAGGGAAUCGAAUCCCAGCUCACUAUCCGGUAUUGGUGCAACCAGUUUUGAGGCGGAAAUGGAACUAAGCGCUUCUCUUGCCAGAGACAAGAUCACAAGGCAAAGUCAGCAAGGCAAUUAUGCGUCACUAAUCUCAGUGUCAGGUAAUGACAACGAAAGUCGACGUGAGUUUCUCAUGAAACCUAUGUACGUUGUAAGCGUUGGUGGAGGAUACGUGGAUUUACGACGAAAACAAAAGAUUGGAUCAGGGCUAGAAUUCUUCAUGAAACUGGCUGCCAGCGAACCAGAGCCAAAGCUUCUAAUUUGGAAAGUGAUAUCUUAACAGUCCUAAAGUUCUAAUAUAUAGGUUUUUGUUGCUAUUCAUGUAUAUUCUUAUGAUUGUAAAGUUUUCUCAUAUAGGCUUUGCGCGAGUUGCUAGGUAAAAGUGAAUGGGGCGAAUGGGACCCAUUCAAGAUCUUUGCUAGGGACGUACCAAUUAUAACCACAACUGCCAGAUUUGUUCGCAUUAGCCGACACUUUUCACAAGCAUUCUUAAUCUUCCUUGCAAAAUAUCUAGCAGAAGUUGCACAAAAAGAUGCUGUUAACUUCAAUAUUAAGAAGUCCUCUUUACGACGCAUGUCUACAUACGGACUUUAAUGGACCCUCUCUUAGCAACAUUCAAAAUAAUAUAAGCCAUCUAUGUUCUAGGUAAGGUAAAUAUUGAAAUUUUCUGACAAAAUUCUGAAGAAUUCAUAUAAAAGAUGACUAAUUAUAUAUAAAUUAAAGAAAAUACAUCAAACUCCUUAAAAACCACCCUCUGCUCACCCGGCCACUGGUACCCUUGCAAAUUGUUGUGCAGUAGAAACCUGGUUUUUUACGAACCUUUAGCCGAACGAAAGAACUUGGUUUUAAGAACCACACGAAAGAAUCUGCUUUUUUAAGAACCUUUAGGCCGAAAUUUGAGGUCUUAAACAAGAGCCUGAACAAAGGUUAGGUCUGGAAAAGGUCACCUUUAAGGUCUUAUUUGAAGUAUCAGCUUCAAGUGUUGAAUUAGGCGUUUAUAAUUUGGAAUUUUAGUCAGAAUGCAGACAAUCUUAAAAAAUUGGUCUUAAAUAUAGCAAAUGAUUUCGCGCUUAUUUCAUGGAUGCGCAUUUGUAAUUUUUGCUUUGAUCACUUUUUGUUCAUGUCGAUGGUAGGGAAAACAACAUUUUUUCCUUUGGGCUAUUUUCCAAAAAAGAUGUCUUUUAUGUUCAACUUGUUUAAACAUUUCCCCUCAGAAAAGAACCUUUUAAAAACUUUCUAGACUGAAAUUUAUAAUGACAUCUCUUAAGUAUUAGAUUCUAUUCAGGCUCGCUAUGAAAUAAAAGCUUAAGUUCUUUUUGGUGAGGUUCUACUGUAUCAGGUUGUAAGCUAAAUACAAUCAAAGAAAUAUUUAUCCAUGGUUAUAAAUUUAAUGUGUUUAUAUGAUGUUUUAUGAAUGCAACUCUUCGAUGGUAUUGUUUGAAAUUUAAAUUUAUUGGCUAAUCCCUUUUCUUCAUGUUCUCAUUACAACUUUGAUCUUAUUAGCUUUGCAAUAAACAUCUAAUUAGAUUUUUAUAAAAUAUUUUUUUCGCUGUAAGUAAAAUUUUAAGUAGACUUUUUGAUAAUGUGGAUGAUUAUUUAAAUAGUUUUUAGAUGAUAAAAAAACGUUGGUUUAUUUGGAGUUUUUCACAUUACAGCAUUAAUCACAUUGUAUAAAUGACUUUUCAAAGAACAAUUCUCACCCAAAAUGUAUAUUUGUCUACUUCACAUGCUGUAAAGAUGAUCUUUGGAUUGGUGCAUUAUUUGAAGGAUUUUGACGGAUAUUUGAAGGAUGGUUCAUGAAAUAUUUUUAAUAUUUAAGGAUGAAUUUGUUCGCUACAGUCACUCUUGUGUGCACUUAAAAAGUUAAACCUUGUAAUCAAUUCAAAAUUCUUGAAAUUCUGAUAGUACUGUGCCUUGCCUCUUAAGCUAUCGAAAAUUGAUUUUAUUAUGUUAAAGUGUUUGGCUUUUUAUAGCAUUUAUAAGAUUAUGGAUUUUAAGAAUUUAUCAAAAGCAAUUGAAGUCAUUUUUGUUUUUCCAUCAUUUUCUGAGCAUAGCUUCUGGUAUCUGUUUCAUACGUUUCUCGCUCUGAAACAUUUUUGCAUAAAGUAUGAAAUGAAACAUUAAAUACAAAAGUACCUACCCAUUCUUGCUUUGUCAUUUAAAU